AUGAAGAGUGUACUAUUACAAUUGUUGCUUGUUGUAGCCAUCGUCAUUGUCGGUGUAUCUCAAGCACAAACACCAAACUCCGAAGCUGUAAUUACUGCAUCUCCAACUGUACUUUCAACAACAGGUGAUUUUGUAGAAUUAAAGUGGACUGGUAUGACAUCACCAACACCGUAUGAUAUCAUUGCUAUCUACUAUCCACCAGAGUCUAAUCCACUUACUCCAAUUGGUUUCCUUAUGAUGUCAAAUGCUACUUCAUGGAAACAAGGAUAUGGAAGUGUAAGUGUACCAUUGGUAAAUGUUCGUUCAGAAUAUGUAUUUAGAGUAUGGACACCUGGAAAUUCAACUGGGUCAAUGAAGAUUAAAGGUCUUAAUUUCACUACCGUUGCAACUAGCAAUCAAGUGACAUUUGAGAAUUUGAAUGAACCAAGCAAGGCAUACUUGUCAUUGACCAACAUUACUAGUGAGAUGCGUCUGAUGUUUGUGUCGGGCACUAAUGAUACACCCGUCGCAUACUAUGGUACCGACCCAUCGAACCUCGACCACGUUGCCUAUGGCACAACAGUCACCUACUCGAUCACACAAAUGUGUGCAGCACCUGCCAACGACACUGACUAUUUCCGUGACCCCGGCUAUAUCCACGAUAUCGUCAUGGCCGGCUUGAACCCCGCUUCACAGUAUUUCUACCAGUUUGGUAGCAAGGGUAGUGGAAUGUCGGCAAACACUUACAACUUUAUGUCAGCACCAGAACUUGGCACAGAAGCCUUUAUCGUAGCGUUUGGUGAUUUGGGUUUGCAGACACAGUUUAUUGGUAAUCUGGAGACACAACCACCAUCGAUCAAGACUGUUGCCAAUAUAUACACCACUGUCACUACUCCACCCGCACAAUCAUCGUUCUUUAAAAAGAUUGGUAAGGAGAUCUCUGAAGACAGCAAUAUUCCACCACCUUGGAAUAUUCACCAUAUCGGUGAUAUCUCGUAUGCACGUGGCAAGGCCUUUGUAUGGGACUAUUACCACGACAUGAUUGAAGAGGUUGCUAGCAUGUCAUCGUGGCAAGUAACCAUCGGUAAUCACGAGUACGACUAUGUCGGCCAGCCAUUCGCACCUUCAUGGUCCAACUAUGGCAGCGACAGCGGUGGCGAGUGCGGUGUGCCCUACAGCGUGCGUUACCACAUGCAAGGUGCCGAGGGUACCCCCCAACGUAACCUCUGGUACAGCUACAACUACGGUACCGUCCAUUUCGUCAUCAUGUCGGCUGAACAUGACUUCCUCGUCGGAUCGGACCAGUACAACUGGAUCGUUCAGGAUCUCGAGUCUGUCAACCGUACCCUCACCCCAUGGGUCAUCUUUACCGGCCAUCGUCCCAUUUACGGUAGUUCAUGGGAGGGAUCAGAGGUUGGCAUGUACAAAAACCUCCAAGAAACCUACGAACCUCUUUUACUCCAGUAUGACGUCAACCUCUGUCUCACUGGCCACGUCCACACCUACGAACGUAUGUGCGGUAUGUACAACCUCACCUGUGCCCCAACCGACAAUGAUGCGCCCGUCCACAUUGUCAUUGGUAUGGCCGGUAACACUUACCAAACCACCUGGGAUGGUUCCGACAUUAAAGAUGGAUCCGGUCACGAAGACCAACCACCCUACUCUAUCUUCCGUGCCUCUGCUCAAUACGGUUACACUCGUCUCUAUGCCAAUAUGACCGAUCUCUACUUUGAAUUUGUUGGUAACAAUAGAAAUCAAGUUCAUGAUAGUUUAUGGUUACAUUCUAAAUAUGCCUAA